AUGAGAAGAACGAGCAUACAACAGCAAGACAAGGAAAAUGAGAUGGAGAAGCCAAAGUUGAUGAAUCUAAUGCCGAUGCUGCUGCUGCAAAUGUUGAUCUGGAAGGGUUUAGGCACAAAGAGGGUUGGAUUGCCAAUGAUGAUGGAUGAUGAUUAUUUCUUCGAUGAAGAAGAUGCUCUCACAUCAAUCUAUCCUGACAACUUAGAUGAAAGCUUCGACAUUGGCGGUCUUUCUAGGGUGACCAAAGAUCAGUUCCGGCGCGGUUGUGAUCCUCAGGGGAUUCGCUGGGAUCAAAUCAACAUCACUCGGAGUACUUACAGGAAUCAGCGCUUGUUACAGUAUGAAAACUAUGAGAACCUCGACGAUUCUGCUCGUCCUCGCCCGCACUCUUCGCUCAAAGCUGAGAUCGACAGUCACGUGACGAACAGGGGACACUCCUUUUACGAGUUUGAGAACAGCGAGAAACAAGCCCGAGCAAACAUCGUUCAUUUUCAGCUGAGAAAUCUUGUUUGGGCAACGACAUCUCAUGACGUCUUCGUGACGCAGAUCUCACUUGAUGCACUUCAUAUGAGCACCAUGUGUGUCCAAGGAAGCAUUUGUGUUGCAGGAGGCUUCUUUGGAGAUCUGGUCUGUGUCAAGUUGCCUUCAGAUAUUCAUUCCGAUGACUUUACAAGAGCCUCAUCUCCGGAUACUGGCAAGGUAUUGUUUAGUGAGAAGAUAACAAGCGACGAGAACGCCAUCACCAACUCAAUCUUGCUACAGAGGUUUACCAUGGGGUUGCUUUGUGGGCAGAGUCUGAACAAGAGGCAGUCGAAGCAAGGAGCGCUGGAGGCUGUGAUAACAAACAACGAUAGCCAGAUCAGGAUCUUAGACGUUGACAACUCCUUCCGGGAAGUCAACAGAAUGCAUUUCCCUUGGCCUGUGAACUUUGCUACGCUCUCCCCUGAUAGAAAUCUUGUGUGUGUUCUGGGAGAUUCCACCGAGUGUAUGCUAAUGGACGUCACGACCUCGAGACGAGUUGCGGUCUGCGACAUGCAUCUGGAUUAUUCCUUUGCUGCUGCCUGGCAUCCUGACGGCAACAUCUUUGCCACGGGAAAUCAAGACAAGACUGCUCGGAUAUGGGAUAGGAGGAUGAUGAGGUGCCUGGCAACGCUCGGAGGUCGUCUCGGAGCUAUCCGGUCUCUUCGCUUCACUGAGGAUGGUCGCUACAUGGCCAUGGCAGAGCCCGCAGACUUCGUCCACAUCUUCGACGUCAAGAGCAACUUUGAGAACGUACAGGAGAUCGACAUCUUCGGAGAGAUCGCUGGAAUCAGCUUCAGUCCCGAAGAUGACGCCUUGUUUGUCGGUAUUUCUGAUCGCAUGUACGGAACCAUGAUGCAGUACCGCCGAAAGCUCAACGGCCUCUACGACUUUGACUUGCUACCUUGA